GUGACUUAGAACAAUCCAAAGCUAGAGUGAACACUUUUAGAAAAGCUUCCACUGAUAAUAUAUUUUGUUCUAGGCCCCCAAAAAAAAAAAACAUCAUGGAGCUCCGGAACUCCACCUUGGGAAGUGCCUUCAUCUUGGUGGGAAUUCUAAAUGACAGUGGGUCUCCUGAAGUGGUCUGUGCUACAAUUACUGUCCUUUACUUGUUGGCCCUGACCAGCAAUGGCCUGCUGCUCCUGGCCAUCACCAUGGAAGCCCGGCUCCACGUGCCCAUGUACCUCCUGCUUGGGCAGCUCUCUCUCAUGGACCUCCUGUUCACAUCUGUUGUCACUCCCAAGGCCCUUGCAGACUUUCUGCGCAGAGAAAACACCAUCACCUUUGGAGGCUGUGCCCUUCAGAUGUUCCUGGCACUAACAAUGGGUUGCGCUGAGGACCUCCUACUGGCCUUCAUGGCCUAUGACAGGUAUGUGGCCAUUUGUCAUCCUCUGAAAUACAUGACCCUCAUGAGCCCAAGAGUCUGCUGGCUCGUGGUGGCCACAUCCUGGAUCCUGGCAUCUCUGACUGCUCUAGGCCAUACCACAUACACCAUGCACUUUCCUUUCUGCAUAUCCUGGGAAAUCAGGCAUCUGCUCUGUGAGAUCCCACCCUUGCUGAAGUUGGCCUGUGCUGAUACCUCCAGGUAUGAACUUAUAAUAUAUGUGACAGGUGUGACUUUUCUCUUGCUCCCCAUUUCUGCCAUUGUUGCCUCCUACACACUAAUCUUAUUCACUGUGCUCCAUAUGCCAUCAAAUGAGGGGAGGAAGAAAGCCCUUGUCACCUGCUCUUCCCACCUGACUGUGGUUGGGAUGUUCUAUGGAGCUGCCACAUUCAUGUAUGUCUUGCCCAGUUCCUUCCACAGUCCCAAGCAAGACAACAUCAUAUCUGUUUUCUACACAAUUGUCACUCCAGCCUUGAAUCCCCUCAUCUACAGCCUGAGAAAUAAGGAAGUCAUGGGGGCCUUGAGGAGGGUCCUGGGAAAAUACGUGCUGCUGGCACAUUCCACGCUCUAGGGCCGGCUCAUGGCUUGCCUCUCACCAUUCCUCCUCCAAAUAAAAUUCUCUACUUACUCAUUCUUUAUUACUAUACUCUGUCUGAGAUGAUACAAACAUUUUUUUUAAUUUUACUUUUAUUUUCUACUCUGUAGCUGGUGUGUACAAUGAUCUUGAGUUAAACUCAUUUGGCACACAUCAUCCUGACUUUGGAAACCCAUGUUAUAAGAACUAGAUGGGGGAGAAAGCCUUGAAUGGGUGUUGUAGACUCAUUGUCUGGUAGGGCGUCAUCCUGACACAUUACCAAGUAGAAAUGGUAGGGGAUUAGCUUUCCAUUUUAACAUCAUGUAGCAGUGAGAAGCAGCAGUAGUUUUGGACUGACCAAAUUCCAGUAGAUUCUCAGCACCAGAGGAGGACUGCUCCCUUUAAAGCAGAUUAUUUAUUAAUAGAGGGAAGAAUUUUCAGAAAAUAUAUUAGGCUUCCUGUUUAUUAAGUAGAUAAUUGUUUGAGUACUUAGUGGAAAUGAAUAAGAGAUAUGUGACUGCAUUUGUACUCUACACCUGAAGAGACGUUCACAUUGGUACCUGAGUAAUGAUAAGUAAUUACAUUGAAAGAGUGGGGCUGGGCACAGCAGCUCAUGCCUGUAAUCCCAGCACUU